AAAAUUUUCUGUUCUGUAAAUAUUAAUUUUAAUUUUAUUAUUAAAAACAUUCGAUGGCGCUUGAUUUACAAUUAAUUUGAAAGCAAAAUUAUUAUUCCAGAUACAAUGGAGGCAGCUAAAAAGUUGCUCGAAACUCUAAAUAGUUUUCAAGAUUUAAAUAACAGUGAAUUUAAAAAACUCGAGGACCAUGUGCUGGUUUAUUUGAAAUCCUUUCCUGUCAUCGGGCUGCAAAAUUUCACGAGUGAUGUCAAAGUUGAUAGAUUCCUCCAUGAAAGAAUUAUUGAAGGGGCACUGGCCCUUUUAGAAAAGUGUCCUGAUGAUACCCUAGUGUCUUUAGUGGACAAAUUGAUCCAAGCACCAUUGUAUCCGAUGCUGCACGAGUCACUCCAAGUGCUAACAGAUCACUUGAAAAAAUCUACAGACAUUAAUUUUAUUAAUUUAAUAACAUCAUUACUGGAAAAAAUAAUAAAAAGUGAGACUCUGUACUCGUCAAUUAUGACAGCUUGCAGACCAAAACCUCUGACAGCCAUCGAGCAAACUGAAUUUGAUGAAAAUUGGCGCAACUUUCUUCAGCUUUUGGUCUCACUGCCCCCACUGAUAGCAAACAAAACUCAGGGAAACAUCAGCAAGUAUUUUUCUCUUGAUGUUUACUCGAAAAUAAUUAUUUACCACACAGCGCGUGCUGUCAAAUUUUUAAAUGACGUCUCCAGUGAAUUCAAUAUCACCCCGAAUGUGACAUUAAUUUCUCUGCUGAUUAGCAAAAGCAUCAGCAGCCUUGGCUCUGGUCACUUCGUCCACCUGCUAGAUAUUUUUAUAUCCUGGUCUCUAAAAAAUCAUAAAAAUAUAAGGGAAUUAAUUCACAAAAUUUUGUGUAACCUGGAGAGAUCAUCCGUAGAAGCAGUUGCUACUUUACUGCUGAAGAGAAUCAGCAACCCGAGUAAUGUUGAGCUGAUACUCGGGAAUGUUCUGGUAAAUGAUCACUGGCGUUAUGUCCUGACUGUUAAAAUUCCACUGCUGUCUUGCCAUGACAGUGAUCAACUUAUCAAAAAUAAUGUCUUCUAUUUAUCAUCAGUUGGUGAGAAAAACCUGCUUGUUGAUUUAGUCAUAAAAAUGAUAAACAUCUGGGGGGACAAAAGUUUUUUGAAUCAUUCGUCUUCAGAUCAUCAUGAAUUUAUAAGUAAAUUUAUUGUAUUAUCAGUAUUUAGAUUAAAGGAUCAGUUAACUAAUACUCAGAAGGAACAGAUUCAAAGACUGAUAUUUGACGGUACUCCAGCCCAUUUACAAUCAAUGCUACCGGAGAUCAGGACAAUGGGAAUGAUAACUGGAGAACUUAUUGUCGACAUUUUGUCUGCUGAUGCUCCCAAACUUAAGUAUGACUACGAUGAAGCUGCUCGAGUUAUAGUUGAUAAGUUCAAAAAAUUAAUUGCUGAUAAAGAUGAUGAGGACUUGGUCUUUGAUGGAGAUGAAAUAGUUCAAGAUUUAGGUCAUUCUUUUAUUACCGAGAGGGAGAGAACCGGAACUGAGGAACGAGCUAAGGAAAUUGAUCCCCGGGUUGAAGAGAUAAAAAAUAAAAGUUAUGACAAAGUUGUUGUUGAUGAUAAUGAUGAUGAUGAUGAUGAGUUAGAUAGCGACGAUGAUUUGAUUCCUUACGAUAUGUCCAAUGACACGACUGAAAUGGAAAAAUUGAAACCUAGAUAUCUAAGGGAUUUGAAAUCUAAUUUAAUAAAUUGCCAGGCUAAUAAUGAUCCGGACAGAUUUUCCGAGUCAAUGAAAGCUGCUGAGGAAUUGAUAACUAAACAAUUGCCGGGCGAUGAUAAGUCACUGGGACUUGAGCUGCUGAAGUUACUGAUGACUAUGAAGGAAGAAGUCCAUACAGAAAACUUUCGACAGCUUAAAUUAAACAGCUGCGUUGCUAUCGUUCUAGUUUAUCCAAAAGAAUCUGCAGAGUUUUUGUGCUCGAGCUUCCACGAGGGACUGAGAAUUUAUUCUGUUGCUGACAGAAUUUUUUUCCUUAAUGUUCUGGCUGAGGCUGCUAGGAAAUUGUCUAGGAUUCAGGUAGAAAAUAAUGAAAAUGUUGAACCUAAAAACAGAGAAGUCAUCAAGAAGAAUAAAAAGUCGAACAAGAUAUCGCUGGUUAUUGAGAUGGGAAAAAAAUACGAGACAUUGUACGACGAUGACUUUGAAGUUUUUGAUAAUGACGAUGAAGAAAGCAGUGACUGGGAAGAAAUAGUACAGAGAAGAAUAGAAUCAAAGACCAGAAGAUUUGCUCACGAGUCUAAGAGACCGAAGCUCACGGUAAAUAAAUUUAAUGACGUCGCUCUUCAUUUCUUCUAUCCGCUUCUCUACGGAGUGAUGAGCAAAUCCGCGUAUCUGUACAAACUUCCGGAUCAGUUCGUCGACACAGAGAAUAUUCUGCUGAUUGAAUUUUUGAAAACGCUGUCAACGAUAAUGGUCGCCGCGGAAAACUGCGUAUCUACUGGAAAGAUCGCUCGCGACUUGUUGGAGUUGGCCUGGACACUGAGGUAUCACGAGGAAGCUAAAGUCCGGCUCUGUGUGAUAGAAAAUAUCGCUGCGGUGAUCAUCAGCUUGAAAAAAGAAAACUGUAGUUGGGAAAUAGUCGAACUGCUGAUGGAAUCCAGGGCCUGGUUGAUUGACGUCUCCGCAGACUCGGUACGAGGUGACCCCAAUGCUAACUGCAGAAGCUUAGGAAGAAACGUCGUCGCGUUAAUUGACUCUGUCAUCUUGACGUUUAAAAAUGAACAAUCAAACUUGUAAAUAAGUAACUUUUUUACAGCGUUUAUUUACUGGUAAAACUUGAACAAAAUGUAAAAUAUAAAAUAUUGUUAUUUAAUUGCAUUGAUGUAUGGGCGUUA